CAAAUAUCUAAUGAUAAAUACACAUUCCUUGAAUAGAAGAGGAUUCUCGUCCUUCAUUUAAACCUUUUUACUUGAUAUUUUUUAACAUUUUAACUCGGAAAUGAAGCGCUUGAAGCGUAGUCUUAGCUUAAGAAGUUCCAGAAGGCAUAUUCCAGAAAGCAGUCGACCACAAGUUUGGGAGAACGAUAGUUAUAAAGUUCGCAAUGGAGGCGUUAGCUUCCCCGUUAAGUAUGCCGGUUCUAUCGAAGUUACCGAGUCACGAGGGACUCAAGUUUGUGCAGAAGCUUUUCGCCGUAUGAAGGACGCUGGAAUACACAAGAAAAAACGAAUGACUUUAUUGGUGACUUCGGACUGCAUCCGAGUCGUGGAUGAAGAAACCAAAUCACUUGUUAUCGACCAGACAAUUGAGAAGGUAUCAUUCUGUACUCCUGAUCCAUCAGAUGACAGGGUGUUUUCAUACAUAUGCCGAGAUGGGACUACACGCAGAUGGAUGUGUCAUUGUUUUGUUGCAACAAGAGACACGGGUGAACGGCUGAGCCAUGCAGUUGGAUGUGCAUUUACAGCAUGUCUCCAAAGAAAGCAGAAAGCACAGGCAUUACAAGCACAAGCAAAGAAUAAAGAGGGCGUUCCAGAAGGACAGACAACAACAGCAACAGCAACGGCAACACCUACRACUACAACUAUAGGUACAACAACUACACCCACUUCAUCUUCAGGGGCUACUGUUACACCUCCACAUCAACAUGCAACACUAAAACAACUUGCAGCAACAGCUACAGAACCCACGUCUACUUCUCCUAUCAUAACUGGUUCAGGCACUUCAAUGAAUGGCCCUAUUCCUGUGGCUUCUGCACAACCACAGCCGCAGCAAGUCAUUACCACACAGCAAACAUCACCUGUUCAGCCUGUAUUAAAGCCACCACCGCCUGUCGCAAGAGCCAGGCCUCAGCCUUUUGCGCCGUCACCAUUCACACGUCACAUGUCUCUUAGGUAUAAGUCAACACCUAUGUCUCUUGGACCCUUGAGAGAUAACGUCAAAGGUUAUGAAGCACUACAUGAGGAAUCACGAGCUCCGAAACUACCUCAAACAGUGGAUGCUUUGGUUGGUGGAACCACCACACCACAACAACCUUUGAAUUACCCUGGAGGAUUUGCACCACAGGUAUCCAAUAUGAGUCCUGGCCUUGCUCAGAAUACCCCAGUUUAUAAUGGGCUUGGCUCAACCAGCACAACAAUGAACACUUCUUAUGGUACACCAGCCCAGAAUGUUGCAAGUCCAGCCCAGCCAUUUGGUGGACAACAAGGCAGCGCGUGGACACCUUCAUCUCAAUUACAACGCACUCCAUCUGAUGCUGAACGAUGGUUAGAAUCUGCUGAAAAAAUAAACAAAGUUAAUGGCUCAAAUCAAGGUCUUUUGACGACCGUUAAUCCGUUUUCUGCGGUGCCAAGCCAAAAUAAUGGAAUAUCAGGUGCAUGGACUCAGGACAUGAAUGCAUCAUUACCUGCUGCACAGCAACCAAAUGCGAAUGUCUGGGGCAAAACUAGUAUUCCAACUGUACCUGAAGAAGAUGAGUUUGCAUCGUUAGCGACUAGGCAUACUGGGUCACCAUUGUCAAGUCCAGCGCCAACGAAUCCCUUCAGUCAAGGAUCACAGGUUUAUUGGGUGUAAAUGCAGUAAUACCAAGUAAAUAAUACUAAUAAUUAUAGUAUAGGAUUCCUUUAUAAACAGUAUAAUAUUGUAAUGGUCUUAUCGAACGGUCCAUGCAAUUACCCAAGAUGAAGAGCGCCAAUCUCCCACAACAAGAUCAAGUGAUUUAUUGUCCAUUUAUCUUUAAGGUCUAAGUCCUUGUUUGGUAAACAGUUUUCACUACUCCCAGCUCCGUUACGAAAAAUCCCUCCAACUCCCAAAGGGAGAUGAAGGCUAAGACGUAGACACACACAAUCGUCUUAGUAUCAGGUCAAAGAUUUUUGGACGAUAUAUCACAUCUUGCAGGAUACAAUGGCAUAAAAGAUUAGAAAUCAUUGAUAUUUAAGACCAUUUUUAUUCUAUCAACUCUGUACAGCAUUCAUUAUUAGACUCAUAUCCCCAAAGCAAGGGUCCCUAAGAAAAGAAAGGUGUGUUUAAUAUUGCAAGAUUACAUUGGAAUCUCGUUUUAUGGUCAAUGAAGUCUAUUUGACUUUUCAAACUUCAAUGGAGGACUACAAUGACUUUGUCAUGCAAAAAAAAUUGUGAGAUGAGGUGAAAAUUAGCUCUGUCGUCUUGCAUGAUCAAAUUCAAUCUCUUAAUUCCAUGCACCAGGGGCUGUCUCUCUUCCUUAGAAUUUCAAAAAGGCACAUUUUUACAUUAAUUGAAAAUUAGUAAGUCGAAUAUCAAUCACGAUAGUUCAAAGUCCUUGGUAAGUGUACUGAAUACAGAAGGCCAAGAUACCAGUGGUUAUGGCGUGAAGUAUAUCACAACAUGCUCUAAUAUUAGCAUGGCUUAAAAUAAUAGUCAGUCUAUCGAUGGUCAUGAUGACUAGCUAACUUAUUCAUAGCUCAGUCAUAUUUCUGGCACAUUGUCAAAAUGACCGUCAAGGCAAAUAUUUGACCAGACAAGUUUUAUUUCUGGCCUGACUUUUUUCCCCAGAUGACUGGCUGUUAUUUUAAGCCCUGUUUUAAUUUUUUUUCUUGUAUAUUUUCGCUGCUGUUCUUGAAAUAAUUUAGUCGGCUUCUAGGGCUUCAAUAUAACGAAGAAAAACCAGCUAGAUGAAGGAAUUUUAUUGGUCAGGCUAAGCAAAUUAGAUGUUUUAUUAUAAUACUAGUGCAAUCAUUCCAAUCAAUUUUAUCUUUUUUUUUUAUAUAGAUUUUUUCCCCCUUCAAGUUGUCAUACUUUAUUUUAACAAGUAAUAAUAGUAAUCGAAAAAGCUUUUCUUUAGUAAUAAGAGAAGUAAUUUAUAAUUUUAUGACAUGCAUACUUUUUAUUUGUGUAGUCAUUGUGUAGUCAAUUUGCGCAAAGGAUUCUUUUUAAAUUUUUAGAUUUUAGAUAUAAACCACGGAUUUUAUUUUUAAUUUGUUUGUGUUUAUUCAGUAUUAUCAUAGAAUAAAAGUGUGAUGAGGAGUGAAGCUAGCUAGGAAGUAGUUUCUGCAUGUUUUCGUAUUUUACUAUCUCGGUGAUCAAAGUCUCUAAGCUUUUGAUAACUCGGUUGUACUUGUAUUUAUCCCAUUAUGAUUGAAAAGACAGAGUUAAGCCAAUCAGGUUAUUAUUAUAUCCAGCAGUACAAACACUUACUCUACUCUGAUUGGACAAGAGGAGUACAAUUAAAUCCCAAAUUGUACUCUGUAGUUUUAUGGAUUAUAAACAAUAAAUCACACAAUCUUCUCGAACAAUAGUCCCCUUCACAGUUCCCUGCGCCAUCUUGAAAGGUAGCCGAGCCUUUGCAUCGAAGCGAGACGAACGGUGAGCUUGCCAUGAUAGAGACCUUUUUUUAACGCCUUGGACAAUUAUUCACAGGUCCCUAUCGUUGCGAAGGGAUGGCGAAGGGAACUGUGAAGGGGACUAUUCGGAAUUUAUAGAUACUCGUGAUGUAUCAUUUCUUUUGGCAUUGUUUUGGCUCAUUAUCAGAAAAUACUUGCCAAGAAAACUGGUGCCGAAGACUAACAAAUCAAGUAUAUCUAAUUGACCCUACUUUAAAAGUUAUAUUUUAUAUUUUAAGGCCAUGCAUCCCCCCCCCAAAUGAAAUUAUUUUUUUGACAAUUGAGCUUUAGAUUCAAAUACAUAAUUUCAUAGUAAGGUGAUGCGUGGUCUUAAAUAUAAAAGGCAACAAUACUGAAGAUAAUGUAAUGUGUUCUGAAAUAAGAAUACCAUAAGGGCCAUAGCCACCAUCAUUUGGACAGAUUGGUCUGAGUUUUAUUUUUAUUUGCAAGGGGAGGGGGAGGUGGCUCUGAUGGUAAUAACUCGUUUCUACGCUUCGCGUAUCCACGAUUUAAAAUGGGGUUCGGUUAAUACAGGACCAAACAUUGGUGGCUAUGGUCCAGUAUAUCUUGACGUAAGAAGGUUAUUAUGGGCAAAUGCAUAGUCAACACAGGGGAAAUGGCCCAUAUUGGGAAAUCUAGAACUUGUAUUGUUUAGUAGUCAAUGAUGCAAUAGAAAGCAGAAUGAAAAAGAAAAAUGUGCCAUAAUUUUAAUUGGGCUAGACCACCUGCAUGGCGAUAUGGCCCCAUUGAUGAUUAAAUCAUUUGUUUAAGGGUUCUAUAACCACCAUUUUUAACUAUAUAGAUGUAUUUAAAGGAUAUUGAAUCUUCUCUGCUGGCGGCUUCUAUCCUUAUUUCCUCUUCCAAUUGUAACAAUAAUAAUUACUAAAUAUUAAUAAUAAAAAUACAGCUCAGUUGCA